AUGAAGUCAUUUGUCAGUAUGCUUGUCUGUUUGUCAACAACACAACAUGUUACUAAUAUUGAAAGAAGCAUGCCACUGAGUGCUGAGUAUGAGUCGUUUGUCAACGACCGUGAUUCCUUGGGUACUGUCGUCAUAGCUUUUGGACAUUACGUAAAGUGGGACAAAGCGCCCAGCGCUGUGUUCACCUCAUUCCUUCUUGCUUUCAGCAAGCUUAAGCGAUACCGCUUUGUAUGGCAGUGCGGCGUGAACUUUGCGAAAAAGUUUCAGAUCCCGAAGCAUAUUCUGAUUCGAGAAUGGCUACCUCAAACGGCGUUGCUCAACCACCCAAAGACUGUGCUGUUCAUCAGCCACGUUGGCUUGAAAAGUUUUAUUGAGGCACUCUGUGCACGUGUUCCGAUCGUGACCCUGCCACUAUUUGCGGAACAGCACGUGAAUGCGAUGAUCGUAAACAACAGAGGAAUUGGAGUUGACCUCGACCGAUACAGCCUUUCGGCGCAGAAGGUGGAAUCGGCUGUCAUAGAUUCCGCUGACCCAAUCAAUUGA